CCGAUUCGAAGAAAACCAUCUCUGCGAUUUUUCAUUUUUCCAUUUCUCUCUCGUUCUCCCUUCGAAUUCUCCCUCUUUCUCUCUCAUCCCUCGCUUCGAAACCCUAGGUUUUCUCUCUCCCGCUCUCGCUCUCUCUCUCUCUCUCCAUAUAAAUUUGUGUUUUGGUUGAUGUAUCGGGCACUUGUGGCCGCCAGGCCCUAGAGCCCCAAACCGAAACCCUAUUCGACAUUGCGGAGCCGCAGAAGUUUGCAGAAGCCCGUCCCUGAAGGUUCGGAAAGAAACUGUUUGUAAUGGCUGAUCGUCGACAUGGAAAUAGCCAGCCCGCUAAUGGGAAGACUGCCGCCGGAGCAGGAAGUGCCUAUAAUAUUGAUUUGAAAGUAUUCAGUGAGAGGUUGAAGUUACUUUAUUCUCAUUGGAAUGAACAUCGAUCUGAUUUGUGGGGCUCUUCUGAUGUUGUUGCAAUAGCGACACCAAAAGCAUCAGAAGAUCUGCGGUACCUUAAAUCUUCAGCAUUGAAUAUUUGGUUGGUGGGUUAUGAGUUUCCGGAGACCAUUAUGGUUUUCAUGAAGAAGCAGAUUCAUUUCCUGUGCAGUGCGAAGAAGGUGUCUUUGCUGGAAGUUGUAAAAAAGUCUGCCAAGGAAGCUGUGGGUGUUGAUGUUGUGAUGCAUGAGAAGACAAGGAGUGAUGAUGGAAGUGGUCUGAUGGAGGCAAUUUUCCGUGCCAUUCGUGCUCAGUCGAAGGCUGAUGGCCAUGACACAGCUGUUGUUGGACAUAUUGCAAGGGAGGCCCCUGAGGGAAACCUCUUGGAAUCAUGGUCCAAGAAACUUGAGGAUGCAAAUUUUCAGUUGGGCGAUGUAACAAAUGGGUUGUCUGACCUGUUUGCUGUUAAGGACAAUGAAGAGAUUUUGAAUAUCAAGAGAGCUGCUGUCUUGUCUGCUAGUGUCAUGACCGAAGUAGUUGUAAAAAAACUUGAGACUGUUAUUGAUGAGGAGAAGAAAGUCACCCAUUCUUCUUUGAUGGAUGAGGCAGAGAAGGCUAUAAUGGAACCCUCUAAAGCUAAAGUGAAGCUCCGGGCUGAUAAUGUUGAUAUAUGUUACCCCCCAAUAUUUCAGAGUGGAGGACAGUUUGAUCUCAGACCCAGUGCUGCUAGCAAUGAUGAGUUGCUUUAUUAUGAUUCUGCUAGUGCGAUCAUAUGUGCAGUUGGGUCCCGCUACAAGAGUUACUGCUCAAAUAUUGCCAGGUCCUUUUUGAUUGAUGCUACUUCCAGUCAGAGUAAGGCAUAUGAAGUUCUCUUCAAGGCCCAUAAUGCAGCCAUUAGUGAGUUGAAGCCUGGGAAAAAGGUCAGUGAUGCUUAUCAAGCUGCCCUUGCUGUGGUGGAGAAGGAGGCUCCUGAAUUUGUAUCAAAUUUGACAAAAUCGGCUGGGACUGGUAUUGGCCUUGAGUUCCGUGAAUCUGGGUUGAAUAUAAAUGCAAAGAAUGAGCGGUUGGUGAAAGCAGGCAUGGUCUUUAAUGUGUCGCUUGGGUUUCAGAACUUACAGAGUGGUCGCAGUAAUCCCAAAAACCAGAACUAUGCUUUGUUGCUUGCGGACACUGUGGUUAUCGGCAAUGACAAGCCAGAGGUGGUGACAAGUAGAAGCUCUAAGAAUCUUCAGGAUGUGGCGUACUCCUUUAAUGAUGGAGAUGAAGAGGAAGCUGAAGAGCCAAAAAAACCAAAAGGUGAGGCUAAUGGAAAGGAGGCCUUAUUGUCUAAGACAACACUGAGGUCAGACAAUCAUGAGAUUUCGAAGGAGGAACUCCGCAGGCAACAUCAGGCAGAACUUGCCCGUCAGAAAAAUGAAGAAACUGCCCGCAGACUUGCUGGUGGUGGAUCUGGGUCGGGUGACAAUCGUUCUGCAGCAAAGGCUUUAACGGAUUUAGUUGCCUACAAGAAUGUAAACGAUGUUGUUCCUCCAAAAGGUCUAAAUCAACUGAUGAUUCAGAUUGACCAGAAGAAUGAAGCUGUUCUGUUGCCUAUUUAUGGCAGUAUGAUCCCUUUUCAUGUUGCCACCAUAAGGACAGUUUCCAGUCAACAGGACACCAAUCGGAACUGUUAUAUCAGAAUCAUGUUUAAUGUCCCUGGGACUCCUUUCAGUCCUCAUGAUGCCAACUCACUGAAAAACCUUGGGUCUAUAUAUUUAAAAGAAGUUUCAUUUCGCUCCAAGGAUCCAAGGCACAUAAGUGAAGUGGUACAGGCGAUUAAAGGGCUGCGAAGGCAAGUUGUAUCCAGGGAGUCCUUGAUAGCUGAGAAGGCGACACUGGUUACUCAGGAGAAACUCCAAAUAGCGGGUAACAGAUUUAAGCCAAUAAGAUUGUCUGACCUUUGGAUUAGACCUGUUUUUGGUGGCCGUGGAAGAAAGAUUCCUGGUACUCUUGAAGCUCAUGCAAAUGGGUUUCGUUAUUCUACCACCAGGCAAGAGGAGCGCCUGGAUGUCAUGUUUGCAAAUAUUAAGCAUGCCUUUUUCCAGCCAGCAGAGAAUGAAAUGAUCACGCUCCUGCACUUUCAUCUGCACAAUGACAUCAUGGUGGGCAACAAGAAAACGAAAAACGUGCAAUUCUAUGUUGAGGUGAUGGACACAGUUCAGACAUUGGGAGGAAGCAGGAGGUCUGCCUAUGAUCCAGAUGAGAUUGAAGAAGAGCAGCGGGAGAGGGAUAGGAAAAACAAAGUCAAUAUGAAUUUUCAGAGCUUUGUGAAUCGGGUUAAUGAGCUUUGGGGGCAGUCACAGUUUAGGGACCUUGAGUUUGAUCAACCUCUGAGAGAGCUUGGUUUCCAUGGUGUGCCUCAUAAAUCCUCGGCAUUUAUUGUCCCUACUUCAGCCUGCUUGGUUGAACUGAUAGAAACUCCUUUCCUUGUUGUCAGUCUAAGUGAGAUUGAGAUUGUGAAUCUGGAAAGAGUUGGCCUUGGGCAGAAGAAUUUUGACAUGACAAUUGUAUUCAAGGACUUCAAAAGGGACGUUCUCCGGAUUGAUUCAAUCCCUUCAACAGCGCUUGAUGGUAUCAAGGAAUGGCUCGACACAACUGACCUCAAGUAUUAUGAGAGCAGGCUGAAUCUGAACUGGAAACAGAUACUGAAGACAAUCACUGAUGACCCGCAGAGCUUCAUUGAUGAUGGAGGUUGGGAAUUUUUGAAUUUGGAAGCGUCUGAUUCAGAGUCUGAACAGUCGGAGGAGUCAGACCAGGGUUAUGAACCAUCGGAUAUAGAAUCUGCUGAAUCGGAAGAAUCAGACGAUGAGGAUUCUGAUAGUGAGUCGGUUGUGGAGUCUGAGGAUGACGACGGAGAAGCAGAGUCAGAUGAGGAUGGGUUAUCGUGGGAUGAGCUAGAGAGGGAAGCAAGCAAUGCAGAUAGGGAGAAAGGGAACGAAUAUGACAGUGAGGAGGACAGGAAGAGAAGGAAGACGAAAGCUUUUGGGAAGUCUCGAGCCCCACCUCCUAGUAGCAUAUCGAAGCGGACUAAGAUGAGAUAGAUCGUGCGAUUGUUUCAUGUCAGUCACACGUUAUGUUUUAAGUGGUUCUCUGACGGUAGUAGCUUGGAACUUAUAAUUUUACUUCGGUUUUAAGUAGUUUCGUUGUCUUUUUGAACUACAGACUUAUGUUGCAGAUGCAGAGUUGUAAAUUGGUAGUAUUAUCAGUAUCCUUGCUGGAAGUGAGAGCUUUAUCGUCGUUCUGUA